AUGGCUACGACAGUAAUACUAGGUGCAGGUAUCAUCGGUACUUCAACCGCUUACUAUUUAUCCAAGCACCAACCAGCAUCAAGCAUCCAUCUCGUCGAACCCUCGCCCGAACUGUUCGCUUCGGCCUCCGGUUACGCAGGUGGAUUUCUGGCGAAGGAUUGGUUUUCGCCUGCCUCGGCUGACCUUGGCGCAUUAAGCUUCGAGGAACAUCGCAAGCUGGCUGGGAAAGAGGGCGGCGCGCAGAAAUGGGGUUAUGCGCGGAGUACGUCUAUUAGCCUGUCGCCAGCUACCAGGUCCAAGAAGAGAAUCGACCUUUGGGUCCGCGACGGCGCUAGUCGUGCAGAAGCUGCGAGUGCGAGCCCGUCGACUGGCGUGGCGCCACCGUGGUUGAGAAAGGGGGAAGGCGAUGCUGUGGAGGUUAUAAGUGAGGAGGGUACUGUUGCGCAAGUGGAUCCGUUGCAAUUAUCUCAGUUCCUAUUGCAGAAAUGCAUCGACGCCGGCGUGCACUUACAUCACCCCGCUAAGGCGAUAUCCAUACAGACCGACGUGCGCGAUGAGCUUUCCAGUAUCUGCGUCGCGGAAACACAGUCUAGUACUGAGACGGAUAUCCCCUGCACUAAUGUCGUUAUCGCGGCCGGUGCUUGGUCGUCAGAGGUCUUUAAGACGCUAUUCCCAACUUCUAACUUCAAGCUCCCGGUUUUAAGCCUCGCAGGCCAUUCUCUAGUAGUGACUUCGCCUAAGUGGAAAAGCGAACAUGAGAACGUCGGCUGUCAUGCCUUAUUCCUAACUAGCAGCCCGGGGUACUCGCCUGAGAUCAUGUCGCGCAUCGGCGGACAUAUAUACAUCGCGGGCCUGAACUCUGCAACUGAGCCGCUGCCGGACUUAGCGACGGACUCGAAGGGUAGAAUCUCAAAAUCGAGUAUCGAUACGCUGAGGCAGACGGCGAAGGAGGUACUAGGUGAAGAUGACGUAAAAGUUGUGAGAGAGGGACUAUGUUUCCGUCCUGUGACAGAGCGCGGCACGCCGAUUUUGAGUCGCGUGCCGGAUGAAUAUCUUGGACCCUCCAUUGGCACGAGGCCGGGUCCUGAGGGAGGAGUGUAUGUUGCGGCUGGACAUGGGCCGUGGGGGAUAAGUAUGAGUUUGGGGACGGGCUUAGUUAUGGCUGAGAUGAUUCAGGGGAGGGAGUUGAGCGCCGAUGUGUCGAAGUUGGCUUUGAAGGUUUGA